AUGCGUUUCAUCGAGAAGUAUGGGACCCACAUCAUUGUUGGGCUGGAUUUGGGUGGCCAGGAUGUGGUGUAUGUGAAGCAGGACAACUCGUCUCCAUUGUCCCCAUCUGAGAUCAAGGAGCACUUGGACAAGCUAGGUGAUCAGCUCUUCACUGGGACAUGCACUCUGCCCCCUCCAAACCGCAAAAACAGGGACCACAAAUUUAAGGUCCCUGAGGCCUUCAAUGUAUUUGAUGCCCAAGUGACACAGCAAAGCCUUCAAGGAAUGAUUACUCCAGUGUCCUGCAAAGAGAGGGGAGGGAAUGCAGCAGCGAGCGAUCACUCAGAGUGGCUGCUCACUGUGCCCACAAUGCCGGACGCAAUGAACUUCAAGCUUGUGCCCAUCACAUCCCUUCUCAAGGGAGUAACUGGCGUGGGCUUCCUCUCUCAUGCCAUCAACCUAUAUCUCAGAUAUGAAAAUGUAUAG